AUGAGUGUUUAUUACUCACAAGUUGCAGACAGUUUUGAGAAACAUUUUCUUGAAUUGUCGACAAAGGCUGAAUCAAUACAUCCUUUCUUUGCACCAAAUGCUGUAGCAAAGAUUUUUGACGAAGAUAUUCAAGGAGUAGACAAUAUAUUAAAGAAAUAUGAAAAUUUAUUACCACUUAAAAAGUCUUCUGCGAAGUCUUCCGCACAACCUGUCGAAGGAGGCUUAAUUUAUACAAAUAUUUUCGAUUCAAAUGGAAAGAAACUCAUAUUUACUUUUGAAAUCAAAGAAGUAGAUACAAAAGAUCAUAGAUACGGAAUCACAGCGAAUAUUAUCACUAGUUAUGAUUAA